CAGACCACCCACCAGGGAGCCCACUCCACCACCCUGCGAGAUGGACCCACUCCACCACCCUGCACCACCGGGCGUCCUCCCGGCGACAUAUUCGGCCGGACCCCUCCAGCCAGCUAGCUAGCUCACAAGAUGCUUGUGUGCUGUAAUUAGCAACCGGUCGCCCACAUCUUGCAACCGGUGCCACUGACAAUGGAGUCGUUCAUGAACGCAGGCUCCGCGCCAGCCCCAUCCGCGGCGAGGCCGCACGUCGUGCUGCUGGCCAGCCCCGGCGCCGGCCACCUCAUACCGCUGGCCGAGCUUGCGCGGCGGCUCGUGGAGCACCACGGCUUCGCGGCCACGAUCGUCACCUUCAGCGGCCUCUCCGACUCAGAAGCCCUCCCCAGCGGCAUCCCUACCUCCGUCUCCACCGUCGCGCUCCCGGCCGUCAAGAUCGACGACCUCCCCGCCGACGCCCUCCGUGGCAGCGUGCUCGUGGAGCUCAUCCAUCGCUCCCUCCCCAGCCUCAGCACCUUUCUCCGCUCCAUCGGCUCGACCACUCCGCUCGCCGCGCUGGUUCCGGACUUCUUAUGCUCCGCGGCGCUGCCCCUCGCGGUCGAGCUAGGCGUCCCGUGCUACGUGUUCAUCCCCAGUAGCCUCACCAUGAUCUACCUGAUGCGCCGCGUCGUGGAGCUCCACGACGACGCGGCCCCUGGCGAGUACCGCGACCUCCCGGAGCCUCUCGAGAUCCCCGGGGUCUUGUCGCUGCGCCGCGCAGACCUUCCGGUCCCGUAUCGCGACUGUAACGGGCCGGCUUACGCGCAACUGCUCCGGGGAGGCCGGCGAUACCGCCGUGCCGACGGUUUUUUGACGAACACCUUCUACGAGAUGGAACCUGCCAUGGCGGAAGAGUUCAGGCAGGCGGCGGAGCAAGGCGCGUUCCCGCCGGCGUUCCCCGUGGGGCCGUUCGUCCGGUCAAACUCCGACGAGGAAACCGGCGCGUCGGCCAUCCUAGAGUGGCUUGACAGCCAGCCGACAAGGUCGGUGGUGUACGUCGCGUUCGGAAGCGGCGGAGCGCUGUCUGCGGAGCAGACGGUCGAGCUCGCCGCCGGGCUAGAGGCAAGCAGACAGAGGUUCCUCUGGGUGGUGCGGAUGCCGAGCCUGGACGGCCGGACGUGUGCCUUCGGGGCCCGCGACGAUGACGACCCAUUGGCGUGGCUUCCCGAGGGCUUCCUGGAGAGGACCAGGGGCAGGGGGCUCGCCGUGCCGGCCUGGGCGCCACAGGUGCGCGUCCUGUCCCACCCGGCGACGGCGAUCUUCGUGUCGCACUGCGGGUGGAACUCGGCGCUGGAGAGCGCGGCGUCCGGCGUGCCGAUGGUCGCGUGGCCGCUUUACGCGGAGCAGAGGAUGAACGCCGCUCUACUGGAAGGGACCCUCGGGGUGGCGCUGCGACCGAGAGCGCGAGAGGACGGCGGCGUCGUGGCGCGCGAGGAAGUUGCGGCCGCCGUGAACGAGCUCAUGGAGGGGGAGAGUGGGCGCGCCGUGAGGCGCCGGGCCGAGGACCUGCAGCGAGCGGCGGCACGCGCGUGGUCGCCGGAUGGUUCGUCGCGCCGGGCGCUGGAGGAUGUCGCCGCCAAGUGGAAGGCGGCGCUUGGCGGGGGGAGGUAACGCAGGUACAGUCUUUUAUUACUAUUAUUACUAUAUUAGCAACCAAUAAUAAUCCUGCACCUGCGGGCCUGACGAGCUACGAUCCUUCCCGUUUAGCAACGACCUUCAGGGCCGGUCCAUACACAGCACACUCGCACCCGUUCAUGCCCUGCCUCUUUGUGCAGACAUUGGUUCCUUUGCAGCAUCUCCAUGUCGUCUCUGUGCAAAUACCUGGUACCUUUGAACCAAACUUGAUUUUAUUUUGGUCGUUAAAUUACAUGGCAUCGGUCGUGUAUGCUUGUUGCAUAACCAAACUUUUUUUUAACUCUACUGUAGUGACUAUACUGUGUUCCGCCGAAGAAUGCAGAAAAUGAGCUGCUUGUAUAACUAUCCGAGAACUGUAUGGAAUUGGGCAGGACGGAGGCUGCCUCUCCCUUUCUCCCGCGUCCGUUCACCAGGAGAAAGAGACAGACAUUGUACCAGUUUGCGACUGACUGACUGUUUGAUAGUGUUACAAGCUGAAUUCAGUUCAGUUCGGUUCA